AUGCCGAACGCUGGCGGCCCAAGCCGCGGCUGCCUCCCCUGCCGCCAGAAACACGUCAAGCACAAGCCGUUGCUGAUAAUCCAGCAGUGCGACCUCACUCGUCCGCAAUGUCGCCGCUGUUUGCGGAAGAAAGUCCCAUGUCAGGGCUACCGAGACGAAUGGGACAUGCGGUUUCGCGUUGAGACCGUUAGUACAUACGAGACGGCCAUCGGGCGAGACCGUCGCAAAAGACCGUCGUCACUCGUGCCCCAGUAUCAUUUCCUCCCGCUAGGACAUGACCUGUCAAACUUGCAUGCUGACCACUUCGUGUCGUUGGUGCUGCAUCAUUUCUCAAUUGCUUCGGCCGAUGUUGACUUGGAGAGCCCCGUGAAGAUCCUCCCGCAUCUAAUUCCAGCGGCCGAGGAAGGCUCGCCGCUUCAUAAUGUCAGCAAGACACUGGGAUGUUCAUAUUUGCCUAGUACCAUUCGCUCUCACCAUAGCACCACCCUGGCUAGGGCUUAUGGGAAUUCUUUAGUUGCUAUUAACCGUGCCCUUCGAGAUCCUACGGAGCGCACAAGCGACAGCACUUUACUAAGCGUUUGGCUAUUGAGAGUAUAUGAACUUACGUGGUGUUUGAACAAUGGUGUUGACACUGCGAUUGCCUCUGCGAGAUCAGAUCUCCAUAUGAGUGGUAUGGCAGAACUCCUUCGCCUUCGGGGUCGAGAGCAGUUCCUGAGUCAAGGAGGGCGGGAAAUAUUCUGCAUGGUGUUUUGCACCUUGUUAAAUCGGGCAGUAAUCACCGGCGGAGACUGUCCACCAGAGAGCUUGAACUGGCUUCGCGAAUUCAUUCAACACAGUGGACCAUCAACGAUGGGCGCGGCACAUGCCGCUGUCUUCUGUUACAUUUGCUAUCGUAUAUGCUCAGACAUCAGAAGACUCAUUGAUCUAGCUGACUCGGAAAUUCUGCUGUCUCGCUCGCAGUCUCUUCUGCAGCAAGUCGAUGAAAUUGAAAGCAUAACUUAUCGAGUCAUAGGACACGUGCAAUCAUCGCUGGGUCCAUACCAAAUAGCAAACGGUAAUUUUGGCGAUCGAAUGGUUCGAAGCGAUUUUAAAUUGCGACUUUUGAGUAAUGCUUUGGAACUCCUGCUGCACACAUCUCACAUGCCUGGCUGCACACUGCAACAACGAAACGAGUUUUCCGAACGGCAGGAUCACUUUACGAAUGAAUUUCAGAAUUUCGCUGAGAAAGUCUUGCUCGCCAUUGCAACAGUACACAAUACGCAGUCUCUUAUUGUGAGUGAUGACCUCAAAGGCGACAUCGGGUCGGAUGCUGUUAUACGAUGGUCGCAUGUGUUGCGAGUCACGCAGCCUCUGCGAAUGAUCGGCCAGUCUCCUUUCUCGUUAGUUUGGCAGCGCAGAGCAGCAAACAAUAUACUGAAAUUCAUGUAUACACAAGUAGGAGCUAUCUAA